AUGGAUCAUCUCUUAGACGUCAUUGAACCAGAAGUCACCUCAUCUCCGACACUACCACCAGAGCUGUGGAUGCAAAUAUUUGACAUCUCGACAUUCGUCAACGAUGUGUUCGUGCCAGAGAUCUACGACUAUACGUCGGCCUAUUAUCCCGUUCACCCCCCGGAGGACGUCCCAUUCAAGUUGCCCUUGGAAGUGUCUCUUUUGACUCGCCGGUCCCUCCCCUUAGUCUCUAAAUCAUGGUACAAGCUUUCGAUACGCUUCCUCUACAAGUCGCUGCGUGUCUACAGUACCUCGACCUUCAGGUCGCUGGCGGCAACUCUGCAAAAGUCGAAGGAUCAUCCGACGUUCAUCGAUACCGCGCUUGGACUUUUCGUCCAUCGUCUAGACGUCGAAUUCCCAGAUCGGCACGAGCUAGGGGAGAGAGGUACUGUGGCCGAUAUCUCCUUCGUCUUUGAGAUUCUUUCCCAGAUCAUCCGCUUCUCCCCCAACCUCUCCAUCGUCGAUUUCAGGACAACAUCAGUGAAACUUGUGGAUCACGUCGUUCCAAAUUGCAUUGUUGAUGCUCUGUGUUCCCAUGGAGCCUCACUCAGAGUCGUGGACCUGUCUUCGUUUCUCAUGAGAACCUCUCCUUCUCAAAUCAAAGCACUAUGCAGCGCGACACCCCAUCUUCGUUCGUUAUCCUUACAUACGUGGGCAGGAGAACCUCGAGCAUUGACGGCUGAGGCCGCAACACUUCCGCCGAUGCCUUACCUCACGAAUUUCGCCUUCGCCUUUGGUGGCGAAGGGGCCGACCUCAUCAUGCCACGUAAAAACUUCCCCUCGCUCCGUCACUUGUACUGCGGAUGUUGCAGAAGCUGGGAGACUAAAUGGGAGACCCUUCUCCAGAUUUUCGGUUCCCAACUCACGUCCGUCCAAAUGGGGACGAAUACGUUCUUCUUCAUUGAUCUCGUCGGUGAAAUGCAGUGCCUUAUGUCUCUCUGUCCCCGCCUAGAACGUCUUACGCUAAACCUCCCGGGCAUGUGCAAACUUCCCCUGGUCGAGCUCCCAGCGAUCCGUAUUUCAGCAAUCAGACCUCCUACACUGGAGGACCAGAACUAUUCCUCCUUUUGGCCCUCACUUGACGCCCUGUACCAACACAACCAGUCAAUCCAGUCUAUCGAGUUCGUUGUUCACCCGGACAGCAAACACGGCAGAAAAGUAGCCGAAGCGAUUGAGAGAUAUCCUCAUGUCCCUAUCGUGAACCGCUGGAACGACUUGUUUCCACCGUAA